AUGGCUGUGUUUGAAUUCGCUGACAGACACGAUGCACCCAUACAAUUGUAUAGAUUAAGCACUUCAUUAUCAGUCGUUCGAAAUAACGUUGGCAAUUCAGGGCUGGACAAAUUAGCGUCGAAAAAACCGUUAACGCCCGAAGAAAUAGAGAAGGAAGCGAAGAAUAUUUUGCGGGAUGUGUUCGGUUAUGAGAAAUAUAAAACACCAAUUCAAAAGAAAGCUAUUCUCGGUAUCCUUAGAAGUAAGUUCAUUUGUCUGAUUCUUUUCUCUCUUAUUAAAAAAUGGGAUGUAUUUGUGUGUCUACCGACUGGCGCAGGCAAAUCUCUUUGUUAUCAGGUGUCGAUUAAACUUUCAUCAAUGAAGUUUCAGUUGCCCGCACUUGUGCACAGCGGUAUAACGAUAGUAUUUUCACCGUUGAUAGCGUUGAUACAAGAUCAAGUACUGGCGUGCAAGGCGCGUGGUAUCAAAUGUGAUUCACUCAACUCCAAGUCAACGGCUGCUGAACGUGAAUCCAUCAUUGAGGAUCUUCGAUCUGCAUCACCUCAAUUACGGAUGCUUUAUAUAACACCGGAAUCUGCGGCCACUCCAAAUACUCAACGCCUUAUAACAUCGUUAUAUAAGCGUAAUCUUCUCAAUUACUUCGUUGUUGAUGAGGCACAUUGUGUUACUCAUUGGGGUCAUGACUUCCGUCCUGAUUAUCUCAAGCUUGGAAAUUUAAGAUCACUAGCACCCGAGAUUCGAUGGAUAGCGCUAACAGCAACUGCUAAUCGAAAAGCAGAGGAUGAUAUAUUGAAACAACUGAAGCUGAGCAAUGUUAAAAUGUUCAAAGCAUCGACGUUCAGAGCAAAUCUUCACUAUGAUGUCGUUUUGAAGGAUCUGAUUCAAUAUGCACCUGAGCGUCAUUUAGCGUUGUUCCUACUGAAAGCACUAAGUGGUGCGGAAAAGAAGUUGGAUAGCAAGAAGAGUGCUGCAGUUCCAGCAGUUACUUCAUUCCUCGAUGCAACCAAUAAGAGAGAAUCUCACAAACCGAAAGCGUUUACGGGCAGUGGUAUAGUGUAUUGUCGAACACGUGAAGAAUGUGAGAAGAUGGCAACGCGAUUAACCGAAGAAGGUAUUCCUGCAUGCCCGUAUCAUGCUGGUUUAGGGAAUAAGGUGCGAGAUAGCAUUCAAGAAAGAUGGAUGAAAAAUGAAAUUCCAGUGAUUGCAGCAACAAUUUCAUUCGGUAUGGGUAUUGACAAGGCAGAUGUGAGGUGUGUGGUGCAUUGGACAUCAUCACAGAAUUUAGCAGCGUACUAUCAAGAAUCGGGUCGGGCAGGUCGUGAUGGAAAGCGUAGUUUUUGCCGUAUUUAUUACAGUCGGAACGACAGACAACUGUUAAACUUCCUUAUCAACCAAGAUAUCAACAAAAUUAAGGCCAAGAAGAUUGAUAAAAAACUGAUCGAAGAGCAAAUUAAAGCGUUGCAACACGGUUUCGAGAAGAUGGUUGAAUUCUGUGAAAAGCCGUGGUGUGUUAUCGUGUGCGAGGCGAACAUAGCACAAUUCAAUGAAGAAUUAUGGAAAACAGCGGCUUCGUCGAGUGGAUAUCAUAAAAGAGGGCGAUUGGCUGAAGAUGAUGGAUUUGUUUACGAAGGUGGAAAACGUUCGAAAACUGGUGAGGAUCCGGAUGAGUGUGCUGAUGCGACUACGUUACUAGAACGUGAAGAGAGGAAACGUAGAGCGGAAAUUGUGAGUCAAGAAUUUGCACGGAGACGGAAGCGUCGAGAAGCGAUUCGUGCAGCAAUUUACACAUCGCUGUUGACAAAUCAUAUGGGCGAUGGCGUUAGUGAUAGCACGCUCGAGAAUGCAUCAUCAUUCAUUGAAUACGACAUCUUUAAAGCAUCCAAGAAUGGCACCACCUAUCAGCACAAAGCAUCUCAAAAGGUAGCCGAAAUUAAGAAGAUGACCAAAGAAAAGAAAACAUUCGAACUACCGUCAAGUACCGAACUCAGUGUGUCAUCCGAUCCCGUUUCAGCUGUAACAUAUGAAGGAUUUAAGCCAGCGACUAGCUUGAUUUGA